GUUAUUUUAAUUUAUUUAGAGACUGCAACCAUGUCUUCCUCUAAGAGAGGUAUCGCCUUGUUAUUCGACCGCCCCCAAGAGCCUGUUUUCAUGGCCAAGGGUAAAGAAAGUGCUGUCUUUCAAGUGCCCCAAAAUUAUUUGGCUGACAAGUACAAGCCCAUUGGACCACAAGUUGUCAAUCGUUUUGGAGAAGAUGCUAAGGAAAGAAUAAACAUCAGACAAAUCUCUCUUCCACCUUUAGGAGAGAUUUUGGAAUUGGGAAGAAACGAGAACUUCUCCCUGUUCCUUCCCAAACAUCGUAGAAUUGCGGGACAACUCAUCGAUAUCUUUUUGGCUAUGCGUAAUGUGGACGAAUUGUUGUCUUGUGCCGUGUACGCCAGAGAUCGUGUCAACCCAUAUCUGUUCAACUACGCUCUUUCCGUCGCCUUGUUGCACAGGCCUGACACCCAAGACAUCGAUGUACCAUCAUUUAUUAGCUCCUUCCCCGAUAAAUACCUGGACAGCCAAGUAUUUGCCAAAGUGAGGGAACAAGCCACCAUUGUGCCUGAAGGAUCUAGGACUCCAAUUGAAAUCCCCAAGGAUUACACUGCUUCUGAUCUUGAGGAGGAACAUCGCCUCGCUUACUUCAGGGAAGAUAUUGGUAUCAAUCUGCACCAUUGGCACUGGCAUUUGGUCUACCCAUUCGAAGCUGCACGUGUGGUAGUCGACAAGAACAGGAGAGGAGAGUUGUUCUACUACAUGCAUCAACAAAUUAUUGCUAGAUACAACUUCGAACGUCUUUGCAACAGCCUUAAGAGAGUUGAACGUUACAUCGACUGGAAGAAACCAAUUAAGGAAGCUUACUUCCCAAAGAUGGACAGCUUGGUUGCCAGCAGGGCUUGGCCAGCACGUGUUGCUAAUCAAGUUAUUAGAGACUUGAGGAGAGAAUCUGACCAAAUUGUGACUGAUGUAGAUGAUAUGAUUAGGUGGAGGGAUAGGAUCUUUGAUGCCAUUAAUACUGGUGUCGUACGCAACGAACAAGGCCAAGAAAUCCAACUGACUGAGAACGAAGGAAUUGACAUCCUGGGUAACAUGGUCGAAUCCAGUAUUUUGUCUCCCAACAGAGGAUUCUACGGUGACAUGCACAAUAUGGGACACGUUUUCAUCUCCUACAUCCACGAUCCGGACCACCGUCAUUUGGAAACGUUCGGUGUUAUGGGUGACUCUGCAACAGCCAUGAGAGAUCCAGUUUUCUACCGUUGGCACGCGUACAUUGAUUACCUCUUCCAGCAGUUCAAGAACACCCUACCAACUUACACCACACAACAGUUAGACUAUCCUGGUGUAACAAUAGAAGGAUUGGAAAUUAAAACCCAGGGUGGAACCAACAACCAAAUCAACACCUUCUGGCAGCAAUCAGACGUUGACCUCUCAAGAGGAAUGGACUUCCAACCCAGAGGUUCAGUAUUCGUCAGAUUCACCCAUCUUCAACACAGGGACUUCACCUACAACAUCCGGGUGAACAACAACGGUGGCAACAGACAAGGAACGUGCAGAAUCUUCCUCGCCCCCAAAUUUGAUGAGAGGGGCAACCCAUGGCAAUUCCGUGAUCAGAAACUUAUGUUCAUUGAGUUGGACAAAUUUACGGUCAAUUUGAAACAAGGAUCCAACACCAUUACACGUUCUUCAACUCAAUCAUCGGUAACAAUUCCAUUUGAACGUACCUUCCGUAACUUGGACAACAACAGGCCAACAGGUGGUGACGCCCUUGCCCAGUUCAACUUCUGUGGUUGUGGAUGGCCCGCACAUAUGUUGAUUCCAAAGGGUAAACCUGAAGGCUUCCCUUGUCAACUCUUCGCUAUGAUUUCCAACAUCGAAGGAGACAGGAUUAACCAAGACGUGUCUGGAGUCUGCAAUGACGCUGGAAGUUACUGUGGUAUUAAGGACAAAUUGUAUCCCGACCGUCGUUCCAUGGGUUAUCCCUUCGACCGUUUGCCAAGACAAGGAGUUGAUACCCUUCAGCAGUUCCUUACACCCAACAUGAGAGUUCAAGACGUCAGCAUCCGAUUCGAGAACCGCACUUUCAAACCAAGAACCACCGGAGUAAAUUAAAUGUUAUACUGAUUUUAUUGUGAAAUGUAUGU